AUGCCGAAAUCAAACUCCCAAUCACCGUCUCUUGCGAACUUUGUCAGGCAGCCCUUCCUCCAAACAUUUACCGUCUUCUAUGUCAUCUUCCAAAAUAUCAUCAAUUGGUUCUUUGCACCGGGUCCUCCACCAUCAGGCCCAAUUGCCAAUAAUCUUCCUAAGAAACGAGUGGCAAUAAUCGGUACUGGCCUAACGGGCGUGUCUUCGGCUGCGCACUGUGUUGGCCAUGGCUUUGACGUGCAACUAUUUGAAAAGAGGCCAAAGGACAAAGGUCUAGGCGGUAUCUGGAGCCGAGUCAAUUCCACCUCAUCGCUCCAGAUUCACAGCAUCAUGUACCGGUUCCACCCGUCAGUAUCCUACGACGCUGCUUAUCCCACUCAAGAAGAGAUCCGAGACCAGAUUGUUGAUCUAUGGAAGCGAUACAAGCUCGAAGAUCACACUGUAUUUGACACACCGGUCGAAUCUGUCAAGCAGACCAGGACCGGGAAAUGGAUCAUCAAUGAUGACGAAGAGAAAUGGGGCUUAUUUGACGGCGUUGUUGCCUCUGUUGGAGUCUGUGGUGACCCCAAAAUGAUCUCGCUGCCGGACCAGGAAAACUUCAAGGGCUCAAUCUACCAUUCGUCAGAGCUGGACGGCAAACACGUCAAAGGCAAGAAGGUGCUUAUCAUUGGCGGCGGAGCGAGUGCGAUUGAAGCUCUAGAAUUUGCUGUAAAGUCUGGCGCCGCUGAGAUCGACGUUUUAUCACGUUCCGACAAAUGGAUCAUUCCGAGAAACGUGUGGGUUCAAUCGCUACUGGCAAUGAACAUCUUUGGGCAAGAGACAUUCCUAUCCUGGAUUCCUGAGAGCCUGCUUCACAAGUUCUUCUACCGCGACUUGCAGGAUAUUGCUCCCUCUGGUGGUCUGUACGAGGGGACUCCCAUGGCAAACAGCGAACUUUUUGACCAAAUUCGCGAAGGCAAGGCUCGCUGGUUGCGCGGUGACAUUGUCUCUGUGAAGGAAGACGGCAUCUUGUUCAACAAGCGGAGCAAGGGUGUUCCGCAAGGAGGCCCUGGCCGCGAAUCUGUGGUGCAGGGCGAUGUCAUAAUUCAGGCAACAGGCUUCAAGCGCCCUUCGCUUAACUUCCUUCCCGAGGAUUGCUUUGAAGAACCCUAUAGCCCGCCUAGCUGGUAUCUGCAAGUCUUCCCCCCGUCAUACCCCAGCAUCUGUGCCAAUAAUAGCACCUACGUCAACGCGAUCGGUACCGUUGGUAACAUGCACAUUGGAAUCUACACCAGGUUCUUGCUCAUGUUCCUCGUUGAUCCCUUGUCUCGCCCUACUGAGGGCCGCAUGAAGACUUGGAUUGACUUCACCCGCUUUAUGAAGAGCAUGUCUCCUGUCGGAGCGUUCGAUUUCUUUACCUAUGCCGAGUUGGUCUAUUGGUUUGUCUUUAUCAUUCUGGUUAACCCCUUCCGGUGGAAGUGGGCACCUUUUGUCCUGUUCGGGAUUGGGAGAGGUCUACCGGCCCAAGUCGUUAAGCAGGAGGAAGCUUUCCGCAAUGCACUAAGGAAGCAGCACGCUACCUAG